AUGGCAAAAUACGAGGCACUUUAUAAACACUUCCAUGCGCAUCCUGAACUCUCCAACCUCGAGGUGCAAACUGCUAAAACCGUUGCAGAACAGCUAUCGCAACUCCAAGCUUUCGAUAUCACAACCGAUAUCGGCGGUCACGGUCUUGUCGGCCUGAUGAAGAAUGGCCCAGGUGCCGCCAUCCUGCUACGCGCUGACAUGGACGCACUUCCAAUCAAAGAAGCCACCGGGCUCCCAUACGCCAGCACAGUGACCAUGCCCGAUAUUGAAGGUGUCGUACGGCCUGUGAUGCAUGCCUGCGGACACGACAUGCAUAUGGCUUGCCUUCUUGCUGCGGCUGAACGGCUAGUCAAGCUGAAGAAAGAGUGGAGCGGCACGUUGAUUGUACUGUUCCAGCCUGCGGAGGAGCGCGGAACCGGAGCAAAGUCCAUGGUUGACGAUGGCCUCUACGAUAAGCACAAGAUCCCUGUGCCGGACUUUGUGCUUGGUCAACAUGUCAUGGCGAUGCGAGCGGGAAACAUAGGAACCAAGGCGGGAACGAUCAUGGCUGGCGCGGAUAGUAUGAAGAUCACAUUGUCUGGGCUUGGUGGCCACGGUUCGCAACCUCACCGAACGGUUGACCCUGCUGUCAUGGCGGCUCAUGUGGUAGUACGUCUUCAAUCGAUUGUCAGCAGGGAGAUCAACCCAAGUGACAUUUCCGUCGUUACGGUUGGCAGCUUACAUGCUGGCCAAACGGAAAAUGUCAUUGCCGACUCGGCAGAAAUCGGUCUUGACAUCCGCAGCGUGAGGCCCGAGACACGUGAGAAACUUUUGGCCUCCAUCAGGCGGGUAGUGGCAGCCGAAUGUGCGGCCAGCGGCGCGACGGCUGCCCCGUUGUUCAAGAUGACUCGGCAUUUGCCAGUUACAGAGAACGACGCGUCGAUGACAACGAUGCUUGCCACCAGUUUCGAAGAACAUUUUGGCAGUGACUUUGAUCCAAACAUCACGGCAACUACAAUUUCAGAGGAUUUCUCAGUUCUAGCGACGUCUCAGGGUAAGCCCUGUGCUUUCUGGCAUUGGGGUGGAAUAGAAGCAGAGUUAUGGGAUCAGAAACUGGAGGAAGGAAAGUUGCAAGAAAUCCCAGCAAACCACACGGCAAGGUUUGCGCCUGUCAUACAGCCCACAUUGAAGACGGGUAUCGAUGCUCUUUGCAUUGCUGCUUUGACGUUCUUCAGGACGAGUUCGUAA